GUGCGUACUCCAUGACUUUCUUUUGAACACUUUUUAGCGGCGAAAUCACUGUUUGGGAUAUAUGUUUUAUGGUAACGCAUUGAAUGUAUCUUCUUAACAUUAUUUCAUUUACGGGCUAAUGAAGGAAGUACGUGUACCUAUUUACCCUCUGCUAUAUUUUAUAAAUACAUCCACUUACUAUUGUAAACCUGUUGCGCUAGCAUCUCCGUUAGCUUUGCUUUCCUCGCAAUAGUAACUACUUUAAUGUUGUUAUCAUGGUAAUUAUGUGCCUUCCUCAGCAAGUUUGUCUUCAUUUCUCCUGUGCUCAAGCUAGCUAGCGUUUAAGUAACAAUGAGCAAUCACGAGGAUUCAUGGGAGCGGCUGGACACAGAGUUUGACCACUGUUUACUGGACAUGAAGCCGUAUGUGUUGAAACAUCCAGAUAAGAAAGGGCGUCAGUAUUGUGCCAUUUGGAUCAAAAAGCUGUGUGACCCAGGCGCGUGUGGUUCUGGUUUGCUGGGUCGGAAAAACCGAAAUGUUUAUGCGCGUUUGUUGCUUCAGAUGCUCAAAAGGGGGGCCCUGGAUCGGCCCUUUACCCAUAAACCUGAACCUGGAACUCUCAAAACGCUGCCUACCUACAUGUCCAUUUACUUUGAUGAGCCAGUGAGUAUUAAAAACCACACAAAUCUUCCUGACUGGGUGACUGGAGAGCUGGGGGCUUUUGAUGAUGACAGCUGGAAUACACACCUGGAAAACAGCACUCGGACACCACAGCACAGGCGAAGACUCUAUGAUGAUAAGAGUCGGUCCCACUCCCAACCUGUGACCUCUAGUCCUCUGAAACGACCAGUGGAAAACCAUGCUGGAAUAGUGGAUGUGUCCUCAGCUGACAGUGACCUGGAGGCGCGACUUAACAGCUGGAACCUGGGGAUUUUAAAGUCAAGCUUUGGAGCAAACAGUUCAUUUGCUGAGGACCACAUUCCACCGGUUGCAUUGAACAAUGAGGCUGAGUUGAAGAUGAAAGUUCUGGAGGCCAAGCACCAGGAGGAGAAACUGAAAAUGCAGCAGAGACAUGAUGGAGAUGUUGAGAAGAUUUUGGCCCGAAAGAACAGCGAAAUUGAAGAGUUGAAGAGCACAUACCUGGCCAAGCAGAAGCAAUCCGAGGAGACAAUUCGAAAGUUGGAGAGGAAAGUUCAGAGUGUGCUGCAGGAGUCCCAGGUCAUCGUUGAGAGCAAAGAGAAGCAAAUCGCAGAGCUGAAGAAAAUGGCAGAUCAAAGCAGUGAUUCUCUGAAAAAUGAGUGGGAGAAAAAGCUCCAUGCCGCCGUGACAGAGAUGGAGCAGGAGAAGUUUGAACUACAGAAGAAGCACACCAUGAACAUCCAGGAGCUGCUGGAGGAGACCAACCUGCGGCUGGCCAAGAUGGAGGCAGAGUACAGUGCUCGGGCACAGUCCACCGAGCUAACAGUGCGUGAGCUGGAGAGGAGGGUGAAGCAGCAGUCGGUGGAGGUUGAAAAGGGGAACACGCUGAGGCAGAAGGUGACACAGGAGAAGGCUCAGCUGGAGAUCCACAUCGCAGCCAUCAGCGCUGAACUGCAGGAGGCCAACAGGAGAACUGUAAACCUCCAAAAAGAGAAAGAAGACCAGAAGCAACUCUAUGAACAGAACAUAGACAAGCUUCACACCAAAUAUGAAACAGAUAUAAGCCACUUGCAGCAGGAGCACAUUCUGUCUGCAGCUAAGGCUUCUGAAUUGAUUGGAGAGUUGGAGAAAACUGUAGGUCAACUUAGGCUGCAACUCCAGGACAGUGAGAAUCUUCGAGGCAAACAACUCCGGGAUCAGGAAAUGAAGUUGCAGAUGGAAAAAGAUGAACUCGAGAUCCAAUGGGAGAAGAAGGCUCUGGCUACGCACAGCGAGGCGGAGAAAGAGCGUGCAGAAGUUAAGAGGAAGAUUGGCCAGCUUGAAGACAGUCUCAGGGACACAGAGAGAGAGUUGGAGAGGACCAGAGAGAGCCAGAGGCAGCAGAAGCAGCAAGCCGACGUGGCACUGGAGCAGUUUAAGAAACAGGUGGAAGUCAGCUCUGAAAAGGCCUAUGCUGAAAUGAAACUGCAGAUGGAGAAAGUAGAAGAUGACUUGGUGCGCUCCAAGUCCCUGAGAGAAAACCAGGCUAAAGAGUUUUCACAGCAGCUGGAUUCUCUGCGCCUCAAAUACGAACAACAGAUGGCUGAGCUCCGAAUGCAACACGAGCAAGAGAGGACGCGGCUCCAGCAAGCGCACAUCGCAGAAAAGGACGGCAUGGUCCAAGAGCGUCAGCGCGAGGUUGUCAGUCUGGAACGUCAGGCCAGGGCCACCCUUCAGCAGCACCAGCAGCUCACCCAGGAGUGGAGGAAGCGCGAUGCCCAGGUGAUAUCAGAUUUGGAGACACAGGUGACCAGUCUUCGUGAGGAACUUCAGAUAUCCAACUUUGAGCACAAGCAACAGUUAGCGGAGAUGACCUCACAGCUGGAGGAAGACAAACAAAAGUCUUCAGUGGAGAAGGAGGAGGCUCUGGAGCAGCUCCGCUCUGUGAUGGAGCGCAGCCACAAAGACUUAGAGAGAAGACUACAGCGAGAGCACGAUGCUGCCCUAGAACAGGCCAACAGCAGGCUGAAGCAGAUUGAGAAGGACUACAGUCAAAAGCUCACCAAGUCUGCCCAGUUAAUAGCAGAGCUCCAGACCUGUGUGUGUGACUCAAAGGAGGAGGCGGUGCGGCUUCAGAAGGCCAUGGAGAGGCAGCUGGAGGAGGCCCACGCGCGAUGGGAUGAGCAGAGGAAGACAUUGCACCAUCACGCCGAUCAGAGUAACAAGGCCCUGCAGGAAAAGGUGGAGAGUCUACAGAUGCAGCUUCACAGCUCAGAGAAGAAGCUACUGAGCAAAGAAUUAGAGACGGAAGAGAAGGUGACCGCAGUACGCCAGGAGUAUGAGGAGAAAAUAAAAGGCCUGAUGCCAUUUGAGCUGAGACAAGAACUAGAGGACACAAUUACAUCACUCAAAUCCCAGGUUAAUUUCCUUCAGAAGAGAGCAACUCUUCUACAGGAAGACCUGGAUGCCUGUCGCAGCAGGAGGUAACACUGAGGCCGUGUAACCUGUCCACACAAAUGAAGGACCUUGCCAAAAGUGAGCUUUAUGACAGAACUGUUUAUUCCAUUUGUCAUUUUACAUCUGUUAUUUUGUUUAUUGCUGUUUUAUCACUUGAAAUAUUUAUUAACGGACCAUCGUUUCUUUUCCGCAUCUUGUACUCUGUGAACUGUUUUGACGUUUGUGUUUGAUUUCCUUUUACUACCGAGCCCUCAUUAAAUAAACCACU